AUGUGUGGGAACGAUGCUCAUCAACGGCGUACACCGCCGCAGGACGAACGGCUUGAACCAGAUUCGGGAAACCUCGCAGAUCUUGUCAGCGGGGAGGCUAUCCGAACCGCACAGAUCAACCACCAAAGCCGAAUGUGUUUCAUUGGAUCCGAGCCAUCCAACUUCAACUAUCUAGUGCGCCAAACAUCAUCUCAGACAAGCCAGGAUCGCAUUUUCCACUUUAGCAAUCGUCAAUACCAUCUCAAGUAUACCGCUCACGACAUCGAUCGUAUACCACACGAGGCCCUGGAGCGGCCGACAAAACCCCUCAUAGAUAAGCUGGUGCGAGCAUAUUUUGUACACAUCAACCGUGGUUGGCCGAUUGUCGACGAAGAAAACUUUCUCGACCAACUCGAAGAAAAGGACCCAAGGAACCCUCUAUCUCUGCCGUUGUUCAAUGCUGUGCUGUUGGUGGGCGCACACGUGCUGUCGUUCCAGGAGGACUUUGAACAAAUGAAACAGCUUCAAUCGGUUCUGUUUAGACGCACCAAAACGCUGAUAGACUGUCGGUUUGACCAAGACAGAUUCGCCUAUGUUCAAGUCGCCUUGCUCCUGACGUGGUACUCGGACGGGCUGGAAGAAGUGGUCGCCAAUGCAUGGUACUGGCUGGGUACGGCAGCCCGUACGGCCACGGGGUUGGGAAUGCAUCGCGACACAACGACAUCCAGGUUACUCGACGUACACAAGCGCUCCUGGGUCCGCGUAUGGUGGGUGCUGUUCCAGUUCGACACGCUGAUUUCGCUGUCGUACGGGCGCCCACAAUCUCUAAAUCUCGACGACUGCGAUGUUCCGGACCUUGAGUACGCCCAUUUUCAGGGCAUUAGCCAACCCGAAGCAGACUUUGCCAUUCACCAAACCCGUCUUUGCGUCAUUAUAUCGCGGACCUUCAGACAGCGCUGGGCACUGCGAGCGACGACAGAGCAGAGGACGAGGGCGGCGGAACGGGCAGACCAGGCCCUGGCGAGUUUUAUCACGGAGCUGCCUGCCCCCUUGCAAAUGUCGCUUGCAAAUUCUGGGACGUGGCAUGCCGUCCUCCACCUCACGUAUAAUCACUUUGUUCUCCUGCUCCACCGGCCGCCGCCAAAGCAUAAAAGUCAUGACCGGGCAUCACUGCCCGCUGGCAACCCGGACAUUUGCGCAGAGGCCAGCAUGGGUCUCGUUUCUCUCCUAGAAGGCCUGCAUUUGACGCGUCGGCUCUACGCCCUGUCGCUGUUUGACGUGCAGGCCAUCUUCACAGCCGUUGUCGCGGCCAACAACGAACUCGGCACCAGCAACCCCCUUGUCGUGGUCAAAGCCGUACAGAAGCUGAAAUCCAUCUCGUCUACCUUGACGGUGCUGGCGCGCAACUGGAGUUUUGCUAGGGGGCUUUUACGCAUAUUCGACUCGAAGGGCCAGUUGACGCUCAACAAGGGGAGGAGGGAGGCUGCAUCGGAUCCAGCCUCACACGGCCACGAGUGCGGCAAUAGAUGCCAUGAUGCUCCUGGCAGUAUGACCGGCAGCCAGGCUGCCUUCAGCCCUUCCCAAGAGACGAGACAAAAUGGAGGGGUGUUUGCCUCGGCCAUUACUCCGUCGGAAACGGCGCACAACUCGCCUGGUAGCCUCAUUGGUAACGAUGGUGUACCGUUGGGUAACCCUCUCGAUGAUUUUGUAUUCCCGGGCGCAUUUGAACUAGAGGAUUUCUUGCUCGGCGUGGACAAGGAUGGCGUGUAUUUUUGA